AUGGGCCCCAAGUUUCCUACAUGGCUACAAACUCAAACAUCUCUUCGGAAUCUGGACAUUUCCAAGUCAGGAAUUGUGGACAUAGCUCCAACAUGGUUCUGGAAGUGGGCUUCACAUAUAGAAUGGAUCUAUCUCUCUGAUAACCAGAUAUCCGGGGAUUUAUCUGGAGUUUGGCUUAACAAUACUAUCAUCUAUUUGAACUCUAAUUGCUUCACCGGUCUGUUACCUGCAGUGUCUCCAAAUGUUACUGUAUUGAACAUGGCCAACAAUUCUUUUUCGGGACCAAUUUCCCAUUUCUUGUGCCAAAAGUUGAAGGGAAGAAGUAAAUUGGAGGCGCUGGACUUGUCAAAUAAUGAUUUAUCUGGAGAGCUUCCUCUGUGUUGGAAGUCUUGGCAGUCUCUGACUCAUGUAAACUUGGGAAACAACAACUUUUCGGGUAAAAUUCCUGACUCCAUAAGCUCUUUAUUUUCACUCAAAGCAUUGCACCUGCAGAAUAAUGGCUUAUCUGGAAGCAUACCCUCAUCCUUGCGAGAGUGCACAUCUUUGGGGCUCCUGGAUUUAAGUGGUAAUAAACUUUUGGGAAAUGUACCAAAUUGGAUAGGAGAAUUGUCAGCUUUAAAAGUUCUCUGUUUAAGAUCUAACAAAUUCAUUGCCGAAAUUCCUUCACAGAUCUGCCAACUUUCUUCUCUUAUAGUAUUGGAUGUUUCAGAUAAUGAGUUGUCUGGAAUUAUACCCAGGUGUUUGAAUAAUUUCAGUUUAAUGGCCGCAAUAGAGACUCCAGAUGACCUGUUUACUGAUUUAGAUAAUUCCAAUUAUGAAUUGGAGGGUCUUGUGUUGAUGACAGUUGGAAGAGAACUUGAGUACAAAGGGAUUCUUAAAUAUGUUAGAAUGGUAGACCUGUCAAGUAAUAAUUUUUCUGGAUCAAUCCCUACUGAAUUAUCACAACUUUUUGGACUACGAUUCUUAAACGUGUCUAAAAAUCAUUUGAUGGGAAGGAUACCGGAGAAAAUUGGAAGAAUGACAUCUUUACUAUCUCUUGAUCUCUCCACAAACCAUCUUUCAGGUGAAAUUCCUCAAAGUCUGGCCGAUUUAACAUUUCUUAAUCGCUUGAACCUAUCAUGCAAUCAAUUUCGGGGAAGAAUUCCUUUAAGCACACAGCUUCAGAGCUUUGAUGCAUUCAGCUACAUUGGCAAUGCCCAACUUUGCGGAGUCCCUCUUACAAAAAAUUGCACAGAAGAUGAUGAAUCUCAAGGUAUGGACACCAUUGAUGAAAAUGAAGAAGGUUCUGAAAUGCGAUGGUUCUACAUUAGCAUGGGACUUGGGUUCAUUGUAGGCUUUUGGGGAGUCUGUGGUGCUCUUUUAUUGAAGAAAAGUUGGAGGCAUGCUUAUUUCCAGUUUCUUUAUGACAUUAGAGACUGGGUAUACGUGGCCGUAGCGAUAAGGUUGAAUUGGUUCCACGACAAUUUGAGGAGGCUGUUGAUGGGCCCCAAGUUUCCUACAUGGCUACAAACUCAAACAUCUCUUCGGAAUCUGGACAUUUCCAAGUCAGGAAUUGUGGACAUAGCUCCAACAUGGUUCUGGAAGUGGGCUUCACAUAUAGAAUGGAUCUAUCUCUCUGAUAACCAGAUAUCCGGGGAUUUAUCUGGAGUUUGGCUUAACAAUACUAUCAUCUAUUUGAACUCUAAUUGCUUCACCGGUCUGUUACCUGCAGUGUCUCCAAAUGUUACUGUAUUGAACAUGGCCAACAAUUCUUUUUCGGGACCAAUUUCCCAUUUCUUGUGCCAAAAGUUGAAGGGAAGAAGUAAAUUGGAGGCGCUGGACUUGUCAAAUAAUGAUUUAUCUGGAGAGCUUCCUCUGUGUUGGAAGUCUUGGCAGUCUCUGACCCAUGUAAACUUGGGAAACAACAACUUUUCGGGUAAAAUUCCUGACUCCAUAAGCUCUUUAUUUUCACUCAAAGCAUUGCACCUGCAGAAUAAUGGCUUAUCUGGAAGCAUACCCUCAUCCUUGCGAGGGUGCACAUCUUUGGGGCUCCUGGAUUUAAGUGGUAAUAAACUUUUGGGAAAUGUACCAAAUUGGAUAGGAGAAUUGUCAGCUUUAAAAGUUCUCUGUUUAAGAUCUAACAAAUUCAUUGCCGAAAUUCCUUCACAGAUCUGCCAACUUUCUUCUCUUAUAGUAUUGGAUGUUUCAGAUAAUGAGUUGUCUGGAAUUAUACCCAGGUGUUUGAAUAAUUUCAGUUUAAUGGCCGCAAUAGAGACUCCAGAUGACCUGUUUACUGAUUUAGAUCAUUCCAAUUAUGAAUUGGAGGGUCUUGUGUUGACGACAGUUGGAAGAGAACUUGAGUACAAAGGGAUUCUUAAAUAUGUUAGAAUGGUAGACCUGUCAAGUAAUAAUUUUUCUGGAUCAAUCCCUACUGAAUUAUCACAACUUUUUGGACUACGAUUCUUAAACGUGUCUAAAAAUCAUUUGAUGGGAAGGAUACCGAAGAAAAUUGGAAGAAUGACAUCUUUACUAUCUCUUGAUCUCUCCACAAACCAUCUUUCAGGUGAAAUUCCUCAAAGUCUAGCCGAUUUAACAUUUCUUAAUCGCUUGAACCUAUCAUGCAAUCAAUUUUGGGGAAGAAUUCCUUUAAGCACACAGCUACAGAGCUUUGAUGCAUUCAGCUACAUUGGCAAUGCCCAACUUUGCGGAGUCCCUCUUACAAAAAACUGCACAGAAGAUGAUGAAUCUCAAGGUAUGGACACCAUUGAUGAAAAUGAAGAAGGUUCUGAAAUGCGAUGGUUCUACAUUAGCAUGGGACUUGGGUUCAUUGUAGGCUUUUGGGGAGUCUGUGGUGCUCUUUUAUUCAAGAAAAGUUGGAGGCAUGCUUAUUUCCAGUUUCUUUAUGACAUUAGAGACUGGGUAUACGUGGCCGUAGCGAUAAGGUUGAAUUGGUUCCGCGACAAUUUGAGGAGGCUGUUGGGCCUAGCAGAUAGAAAGAUGAAUUGGCACAUUGGAUUGGAAAAUAAAAAUGGCAAGUGGCUGGGCCCAUUUGCCGGUCCAGAAGUUCAACGGAUUGACCAGACUGCAAAAGGAAGGGAGAAGGCAGAGCUUUUGGGGGCUGCAGAUGGGACGAGAUACGGCUGGCUUGCGGCAAGAAGAGGGGAACAGAGGGGACAAAAAAGAGAAAAGGAGGAUCCUUUUGAGGGUGCUGGCGGGGGAUCUGCAGAGAGGAAGGGGGUGAGGAAAGCGGAGCAGAGUAGCAGGAGCCAAACCCACGGGUUUUCUGAUUUGUUUUUGGGAAGAAGCCCUCUCAGGUGCGAGCCUCGUAGGUUUUUCUGA